AUGAAGAUGAAGAAUCACGACAAAGCUUUCGCGGAACGUGACUUGUUCUUGCUCGAGAAUCAGCUUCCUUUCAAAGUCCUCGAGGCACUGAUGACCAUGAACUCGAAAUUUGCUGGAGAGGAAGGCUUGAAGUUGAUUAGCAAGUCCAUUCAAGACACGAGGCCAAGUCAUCCUCUUCCUUCAUUUUGGGAAUCGAUGGAAAAUUGCAUUACUAACAUCACUUGCAGGCAACUUAUUGGUACUUCUGGCAUUGAAAACGGAGGAGGAGGCAACAAUUGGUAUGAACCUCUCAUCAUUAGAGCAAUCUUAAGUCUUCCUCCAAUGAAAAUUGAUGACUCAACCCAGUCUUUACUACUAAACUUGGCAGCCUAUGAGAUGUGUCCUGAUAGUCCCAAUGACUUUAGAGUCACCUCAUAUAUAUGGUUUAUGGAUACACUGAUUGAUCAUGCUGAUGAUGUGAAGGAGCUGAGAAAGAAGGGAAUACUUCUAAACUACCUUGGUAACGAUGAAGAGCUGGCUGGGCUUUUCAAUGAGAUAGCCAAGAACUUGGUGCCUAACUCUCAAGCCUAUGCAGAUGUUCAAGACCAAAUUGAAAAGUACUAA